GCGUGUGAGAGAGAGAGAGAGAGAGAGAGCGCCUGUGGGUGAGGAGCGGUUUCCAGGUGACAGACACCGCCUCACAGGCACUGCACUGACCACAAGGACCGGACAUUCCCAACACAAACAGAGGAGGAGAGUCAAUGCGCCUGAAACAGACCAUCACAUCCGCACCACAUCUGUCCAAUGCUGUGAGCGGCAGCGACCUGAGCAGGGGCAAAGAUCUGAAUUUGGAGCUGGGAGAAUCCACGCUGGAACCCGCUUCCCCGCUGUUCCUGAGAGCAUGAAUUUGUCGCUGAUGUCGAGAGGAGCAAGUGAUGUGCUGGACGAGCUCCAGCUGCUCGCGGCUCAGAACCUGGAGAGGCUGGAGGUGAACAAGUACUACGAGGUGAUCAGAGAGCUGGGCAAAGGCACCUACGGCAAGGUGGACCUGGUCAUCCACAAAGUGCGAGGUACCAAGAUGGCUCUGAAGUUCCUCAGGAAGAAGACGACCAAACUGAAGAGCUUCCUGAGAGAGUACAGCAUCUCCCUCUACCUGUCCACCUCCCCCUUCAUCAUCGACAUGUUCGGCAUUGCUUUUGAGACGGACGAAUACUAUGUGUUUGCCCAGGAAUACGCGACAGCAGGAGACCUCUUUGACAUCAUCCCUCCCCAGGUUGGCCUUCCUGAGCAGGUCGCCAAGCGCUGUGUGCACCAAGUUGCCUUAGCCCUGGACUACCUCCACAGCAGGAAGCUGGUGCAUCGGGACAUCAAGCCCGAGAACAUCCUGAUCUUUGACAAGGAGUGCCGCAAAGUCAAACUCUCUGACUUUGGGAUGACCCGCCGGGCUGGCACCCCUGUCAAGCGGGUGAGUGGCACCAUCCCGUACACAGCGCCCGAGCUCUGUGACUCCUCCAAACACGAGGGCUUCUCCGUGAGCUACAGCAUCGACGUGUGGGCCUUUGGGGUGCUGCUGUUCUGCAUGCUGACUGGCAACUUCCCGUGGGAGAAGGCCCUGCCCUCGGACUCCUUCUACGAUGAGUUUGUCAGGUGGCAGAAGCGCCGAUCGUCCACGGUGCCCUCGCAGUGGAGGCGCUUCACCGACGACGCCCUCCGCAUGUUCCGGAAGCUUCUGCCCAUUGAGCCCGAGAGGCGCUGCUCGGUCAAGGAGGUCUUCAGGUACCUGAGUCACCGCUGGAUGCUGGACACGGACACCGGCGGAGGUCUGGCCGACGUGAGCUCGUCCUCGGAGGAAGAUCUGGUGGCCAGGAUGAAGCAGCAGAGCUUGUCUCCGGUCUGCAACGUUGCCAAGGGCACCAUUUCCAUGGAGACGGCUACCUCGCGCUUCUCCUCCAUGGCAACCUCCCUCGCCUCCUCCAGCAACUUCGAGAGGGCGGCAAGAGAGAGCAACAGCAGCAGGAUCCUGGUGGCAACCCCCAUCGAGAUCUGUGUCUAGGUGGCGCUGGGCUGGGCUGUGAUGGGGAGCAGCUGUGGACACAUGCUUAAAGAGUAACAAGUCUUUAUCCCGGGAGGAAUCGGUGGCUGUUGAUGGGGGAGCCACUCUCAGCCACCAACUAGGGCUCGAACCUUGAUUUCCGUGGGUCUGUGGGUCAGCCACUCCACGAGCCUUUCGUGUGGAGGCCAAAGCCGUUUCUCAGCAGCUGUGACUGAGAAGCUUUGAAGCCUUGGAGCACUGGGGCUGGCCACACAUGCUGUCCAGCAGCAAUCGAGACCCAACCGUAACAUUUUAAAGCAAUAUACUCACUUUGUGUUGACGUACGGUGUGAUAUCGAAGACAUAAAGCCGGGGCCACUGUUAGCUGCAACGAGACCCUGUAUAAACCACGGCUGAACUCUGUGACUUUUUACUUAACGGUAUGUCAUUUAUUUUGAGAGAGAGAGA